GCGGGACUUAAGAUUAACCUGUGCUCUGUGAUUGGCUAGGUGGUGCGUGACGAUGUACGGAAGUAUUUGAGUAAUUGACCCAUGCUGUGUGCGUAACAUCCAAAAUAUGGAGCAAAAUAAUGAUGGAAAUUUGGCCCAGGUCCAGCAUGUUGUGUUAGUCCUGUCGGGGAAGGGUGGUGUGGGCAAAAGCACCAUCACCACAGAGUUAGCACUGGCUCUCAGGCAUGCUGGUAAAAAGGUUGGCAUCCUGGAUGUUGACCUGUGUGGGCCCAGUAUUCCCCGCAUGCUGAGUGUGGGCCGGACUGACGUGCACCAGUGUGACUCAGGAUGGGUGCCUGUCUACACAGAUGCAGAGAAGAGCCUUGCCCUGAUGUCCAUCGGCUUCCUGCUGGAGGACCCAGAUGAAGCAGUGGUGUGGAGGGGGCCCAAAAAAAACGCUAUGAUUGCCCAGUUUGUGUCAGAUGUUGCAUGGGGGGAACUGGAUGUGCUGCUGGUGGACACACCGCCAGGAACGUCUGAUGAGCAUUUGGCAGUGCUAGAGAACCUUAAAAAACACAGAGUGGAUGGAGCCGUUUUGGUCACCACACCCCAGGCAGUAUCAACCGGGGACGUGAGGAGGGAGAUCACCUUCUGUAAGAAGACCGGUGUACGGAUCCUGGGCAUCGUCGAGAACAUGAGUGGAUUUGUUUGUCCCCACUGCUCUGAAUGCAGCAAUAUUUUCUCAAAAGGUGGCGGUGAAGAGUUAGCCAAGCUGACUGGAUCCCCAUUUCUCGGCUGUGUGCCCUUGGAUCCUCUGCUCAGCACCAGCAUAGAGGAGGGCAAAGACUUCAUCCAGUCAUUUCCAAACAGUGCCACCUUCAGUGCAAUCAGCAGCAUUUCUCAGACUCUACUCAACAGCCUCCAAACUGCUUGAUAUAUGAAUGUAUUUGCUCAAAAGCCUGUAUGUAUUUUUUACAUUUUUAGGACGCAAGCUGUGAGAAGAAUAUAAAAAGGAAAUGUUACUCAUUGUGACAAUGUAUUGAUUUCUAUGUUGUAUUUUUCAACAGUAUAUUAAACUAUUUACUAAUCUUG